AUGGUCUAUGAAAGCAUUAUUGAAGCCACUGAGGAGUUUGAUGCCAAAUAUUGUAUCGGUGUGGGAGGACAUGGGAGUGUUUACAAGGCCCAAUUGCAAACAGGUGAGAUUGUUGCAGUCAAGAAAUUUAAGGAAGCAGUGGAAGUUGAAAUUGCUAGUCAAAAAGCAUUUGAAAGAGAGAUUCAUGCUCUAAUUGAAGCUCGGCAUCGGAAUAUUAUCAAGCUCUAUGGCUUUUGCUCGAGUUCUCGACAUUCAUUUUUGGUUUACGAGUUCUUGGAAUCAGGGCAGCUUGAAGGAUUUAUUGAAUGCAAUGAAGAGAGGAUAAUAGCAUUUGACUGGAAAAAGAGAGUGAAUGUUAUUAAAGGUGUGGCUUAUGCUUUGUCCUACAUGCACCAUGAAUGCUCUCCUCCUAUAGUUCAUCGAGACUUGUCAAGCAAGAACAUUUUAAUGGAUGAAGAAUAUGAAGCUCACAUCUCUGAUUUUAGCACAGCUAAGGUUCUACAACCUUACUCAUCUAAUUGA